GGAUGAGGAUGGUGGUGGGCAUGAUGGUGCUUGGCCAGCUCCUGACGAGGAUCCUGCUAGCGGCUCAUGCAGGUGAUCGUCUUGCAGCAGCUCGAAGGAUUCUAAGAGAUGUGCCUCUCAUCGAUGGACACAAUGACUUACCUUGGAAUAUACGAAAGUUCCUGAAGAAUCAACUGAGAGAAUUCAAGUUUGAUGACCUCAGAAACAUCUCUCCUUGGUCCCAGAGCGCUUGGAGUCAUACGGAUCUCCGGAGACUCAAAGAAGGCAUGGUUGCCGCCCAGUUCUGGUCGGCGUACGUGCCCUGCUCCUCUCAGCAUCUGGACUCGGUACAACUUGCCCUCGAGCAAAUCGACCUAAUUCGAAGACUGGUGAACAAACAUCCCCAAAAUAUGGUGCUCGUGACUACAGCCGAGGGGAUAGAAAAAUCACAUAAAGAAGGUAGAUUAGCAAGCCUCAUCGGAGUAGAAGGGGGACAUGCGGUCGGAGCGAGUCUCGCUGUGCUGCGGAUGCUGUACGAGUUAGGGGCGAGAUAUCUCACCCUCACUCAUACGUGUAAUACACCUUGGGCAGACUGCAGCACGGCCGAUGAACCGGGUCAAGUGCCUCACACCGGCGGUCUCUCCAAUUUUGGAAAGAGCGUCGUUCAGGAGAUGAAUAGACUGGGAAUGAUGGUGGACUUAUCACAUGUGUCCGUGCCGACUAUGUUGGAUGCGAUGAGGACAUCGAAAGCUCCAGUGAUCUUUAGUCACAGCAGCGCUCACGCCCUCUGUAAUUCCUCAAGAAAUGUUCCAGACCACGCGUUACGUCUUCUGGCGCAAUCGGGAGGUAUAGUAAUGGUAUCUUUCUACCCUUAUUUCAUCAGCUGUGGUGAGAAGUCGACACUGGAAGAUGUGGCUGCGCAUAUCAAUCAUGUACGGAAAGUAGCUGGGAUCGAUCACGUGGGUAUUGGAGCAGGCUACGAUGGGAUCAAUCUGACACCUACGGGAUUAGAGGAUGUCAGUAAAUAUCCUGAAUUAUUCGCCGAAUUACUCGCAAAAGGAUGGUCGGAAAGAGACAUUCAAAAACUAGCUGGCUUAAAUCUAAUUCGUGUCUUCAAAGCAGUGGAACAGGUAAGAGAUCGAAUGGCAGAAGAAGGUAUGGAACCCUUAGAGGAAGAAAUUCCCAAGGAGGACAUCAUUGGCCGAGAUUACUGCCGUUACAAUAUCAAAAGACUGUCCAGCGAUCCGUAAGACGAAGCACUGAGAGCCAGAAAUUCUCGAGACGUCUAUCGAAUUUUCCUACUAAGCCCGUGCACUGACGAUGCCAUAAUCUCCAAUCGCAAACUUGCGUCUCAACCUCUUCUCAUAGCGACGUGCAUUUCGAAUCGAAACUAUCCUCGAACAGAAUUGAAAUCAUGUCCUUCGAACAUCCUUUCCUUCCUCUCCAGAUUCUCAUCUUUUCCUGUACAUAUAGAUUUUUUUUUAUCAAAUUCAACUUUACACAAACAGUUGUCAGAUUACUCUGAAAAAAAUGUAGAAAGUACGAUUUUUCAGGAUAUAUAAACUGGUAAGAGACUGACCAAUUUUAUUACUGCAAUUUAUUACUUUUCACUAUAUAUCAGAGAAUAUAUAGUGCUAAUUGUUGUUUCUAAAUGGUG